AUGCAGCUGACACAGCUCCUCGCUCUUGCGCUGUCGCUCGCUACCUCCGAGGCUGCCUACAAGGGCUUCAACUAUGGCGACAAGAAGCCCGAUGGCAGCAGCAAGUAUCAGGCCGACUUUGCCUCCGAGUUUGAGACCGCCCAGAACCUGGUUGGCGCCCCGGGCUUUACCAGUGCUCGUCUCUACACGAUGAUUCAAGCCGGCACGGCCAACGAUCCCAUCUCUGCGAUCCCCGCCGCCAUCGCCCAGAACACCUCUCUCUUGCUGGGCCUGUGGGCCUCGGGCAACAACAUGAACAACGAGCUGACCGCCCUCAAGGCGGCCAUCAGCCAGUACGGCGAGGACCUCAGCAAGCUGGUGGUCGGCAUCUCCGUCGGCAGCGAGGACCUGUACCGCAACUCGGUGCUGGGCCAGAAGGUCAACGCCGGCGUGGGCGUCGACCCGCACGUGCUGGCCUCGUACAUCGAAGAGGUGCGCUCGACCAUCUCCGGCACGCCGCUCAGCGGCGCCCCCCUCGGCCACGUCGACACCUGGAACGACUGGGUGAACGGCUCCAACGCGGCCGUCAUCGACGCCGUCGACUGGGUCGGCUUCGAUGGCUACCCGUACUUCCAGAACACCAUGGCCAACUCCAUCGACGACGCCAAGGCCCUCUUCAACGAGGCCGUCGCCAAGACCAAGUCCGCCGCCGGCAACAAGGAGGUCUGGAUCACCGAGACCGGUUGGCCCGUCAGCGGUAAGACCGAGAACCUCGCCGUCGCUUCCAUCCCCAACGCCAAGCGCUUCUGGGAUGAGGUCGGCUGCCCGCUCUUCGACAACACCAACACCUGGUGGUACACCCUCCAGGAUGCGUUCGGCGCCUCCGUUCCCAACCCCAGCUUCGGUAUCGUCGGCAGCACCCUGACCACUCAGCCCCUGUUCGACCUGAGCUGCUCCAAGUCCAAUACGACUUCCUCGUCUGCCAUCGCCAGCCCGACCAGCACCGCCGCUGCCGCUGGUGGUGUUGCCGGCGGUAGCACCGGUUCUGCCUCUGGCUCUAGCACCGGCACUGGCUCUAGCUCUGGCUCUGGCUCCAACUCCAACACCGGCGCAGCUUCUGGCGCAGUCGGUGCCGCCGACCGUGAAACCUCGGGAACCUCCGGAUCAGCCAACACCAACGGCACCUCGGGCUCGGGCUCGGGCUCGAACUCCACCAGCGGACAUGGCUCGAACGUGACGGUCCCGACGCGUCCGACGUCUGUGAGCAACGUCAGCCCGAGCAAGAGCAGCAGCGCCCUGUUCACUGGCGCUGCGACCAGCAUGGGGGCGUCUCCGUCGUCUGUGGGCAAUGUCGGUCCGAGCAAGAGCAGCGGCGCGGCGUCUCCGUCGUCGACGACCAUGUUCACUGGUGCUGCGACCAGCGUGUCGGCGCCUGUUGUGCAUGUGGUGCUGCUCGCUUUGAUGAUGGUUAUUGCUGCUUAA